AUGGCUCCUGAUAUUGUAACUGCUGCAACCACCAUCACCGACCCUCAAACCAAGACUUCAAAACGUGCCUUUGUCACGUUUCUUGCCGGAAACGGCGACUACGUCAAAGGUGUUGUUGGUUUAGCCAAAGGUCUCCGUAAGGUGAAAACCAUGUACCCUCUUGUGGUUGCAGUGUUGCCUGAUGUCCCGGCGGAACACCGGAACAUUCUCAUCUCACAGGGUUGCAUUGUUAAAGAUAUUGAACCUGUUUACCCACCUGAGAACCAAACCCAGUUUGCUAUGGCUUAUUAUGUUAUCAACUACUCCAAACUACGUAUUUGGGCUUUUGAGGAAUAUGAGAAGAUGAUUUACCUUGACGGUGAUAUACAAGUUUUCGAAAACAUUGAUCAUUUAUUUGAUUUGCCAAAUAACUAUUUCUAUGCUGUCAUGGAUUGUUUUUGUGAGGCCACGUGGGGUCAUACUAAGCAGUAUGAAAUCGGUUACUGUCAACAAUGUCCUGACAAGGUUGAAUGGCCUAGUAAUUUUGGUCCCAAACCACCUCUUUACUUCAAUGCUGGCAUGUUUGUUUAUGAACCUAAUAUGAAUACUUAUCAUGAUCUUCUUCAAAAACUUCGAGUCAAUAAACCAACUUCCUUUGCUGAACAGGAUUUUUUGAACAUGUACUUCAAGGACAAGUAUAAGCCAAUUCCGAAUGUUUAUAAUCUUGUGCUGGCUAUGUUGUGGCGUCAUCCUGAGAAUGUUGAGCUUGAAAAAGUUAAAGUUGUUCAUUAUUGUGCAGCAGGUUCUAAGCCAUGGAGGUACACUGGUGUGGAGGAGAAUAUGCAGAGAGAAGAUAUAAAGAUGCUGGUGAAGAAGUGGUGGGAGGUGUAUGAAGAUGAGAGUUUGGAUUACAAGGAAGCGAUUAAAGCGAAUCGCUUAACAUCAGCAAUUUUGGAAGCUGGUGGAAUCAACUUUGUCCGCGCGCCAAACGCUGCUUAA